AUGGAUUUUCCAAAUGUUUUGUUACAAAUCGAAAAGGCGUGUGCGGAUAUGCAGGUUCAAGCUACGCGAAUUGCUGGAGAAAAGAUUAUCAUGAGUUUUAAACAAAUGCCUGGGAAUUUGGAAGCAUGUAAAUACGUUCUUGUUAUAAUUAAACGUAGUCUGGAAGAUUAUCAUGAUGGAGAAAAACAUGCAGUUAUAACGGAUCUUCAAAGCUUUGUAUCAAUGGGAGGUUAUAGUCAAUUGAUUGGAAUAGGAUUAUCUAAUUCAUUAGUUGAUGAAUUUUCAUCAACGAAAGCGAGUAAUGUUGGACUUCCUUGGGAUUUUCAUAAGAAAAGCAAAGAUUUCUUUGAGAAUACAUAUUUAUUACCAAUAUUUGAACUUACACUUCGAGUAAAUGAUGCAAUUUUAGGACUUUCAUUAAGUUUAGCAGAAAAAAGUUUAUGUUGGGAUUUUUCAUAUAAAAAUGAUACAUUAUUAGCGGGUACAUUUGCUAAAGAAGGAAGUGACAUUAUAGAAGAAGAAUUAUUUAUUACUACUAAAACACGAUUACAUGGAGAUAUUUUUGAAUCCGAAGAACAAAUUAUUGAGUAUGUUAUUAUUAUGAAACAAGAAAUAUUGGAACUUAUUAAUAAUCUUUCAAAUAAUGUAGCAGAAAGACCAACUUCGACAUUAGAAUAUGGACCAGAUCUUUUAUCCAUCGCACAAAUGACACGUAGACUCUUAUGUACAAUUUCAUUACCAAUCUUAUGUAAAGUUCCGGAGAUUUCAACAUUUCUUCAUGAAGUUGCUCAAUUGAGUGCAACUUGUUUAAGAGAAAGUGUUGUUGUAAAAGAUAAUUAUGGUUACUUUAUUGAAGAUAGUUUUAGUACUUGGAGUUUAGAAGCAUUUGAUGAAUUAUUAAUUAUUUGGGUCAAAUUAGUUCAGUGUUCAUCACAUAAUGAAAUUCCUCAUCAUCAAAUUACAUCUAAUCAAGGAUUAAUAGCAUUUCUCGGAGAAGCGAGUUAUCAUAUUGCAGCGACUUAUAUUGAUACUCGUUUGGAGAUAGCAAAAUAUUCCACCAAUGACGAAGAGGAGGAAUCAAAUAAUUUUAAAGAUUGG